AUGUCGCGCGUCUCAUCGACCUCUCCCGUUUAUCAGCUAUGUGGCUCCCUAUAUGACUCGACACUUGAGCUCAAGUCCAGGAAUAUGCCGCUCUCCCUUCGAAUACCCACAUCGAGCGAUAUUAUGACUCUGCUUGAUAUUCUCGGGAACAAGGAAAACUCAGAGUUCGACAAAUCCAUCUCCGAUGCCACUAUUGAAGAUCUCGAAUCAAUUGCUCAAAGAUGGACAAUUGUCUCUGACCCGCCAAUCUAUCGCAACUUCCUAAUGUGGUAUGAAGAAAAGCCGGUUGGUAUCGCUGGGCUUGGUUGGAUCGGCCCGUGCAAUAAAUAUCAACCAGAACGUGAUGAACCACGAGCUGGUGCGGCGGGAGUGAUUGUUCAACCGGCAGCGAGAGGUCAAGGAUGUGCGUACGAGGCCCUCUGUAUAGUGUUCGAUUAUGGGUUCCGCGAUCUUGGACUACGGGAGAUUCGAGUCGGUAGUCACUCUGGGAAUCUUCCCAUGACAGCGUUGAUGGAGAAGAAAUUCGGCUUGAUGACUGAAAUAUUCCCCGAGGCUGAUGAGGUGGAUCAGUUUGGUAAUGAUCUCAAAUGGACUAUUGCGCAACAUGAUUGGACGGUACAAAACCGAGUUGUAUAUCACCAUCGGUAG